GCCUUCCGUACGCACGGCUUUGACCUCGCUCGCUCAGCGUCCCCGCGGGCGCCGAGCUCAAAAUGAGCCUGUCGUAGCUGACUAUUAAUAUCUGUCGUUUGCCAGUCGCAUAUAGCUCUACCAACUCCUGCCAGAAUCAGCCCAGAAUCAAAAUGUCGGCCGCAAGGUUACUGGUGCGUUCCGCUGCGAGAGCUUCUUUCUUCUCCCACCGGGUGGUGGGCCGCCGUCAAGCCGGUUUAGCCCCGCCGGUCCCCCCGCUGAGCCGCAGCCUGGCGGCUGGAGGAAUUCCCACGGACGAGGAGCAGGCGACGGGCCUGGAGAAGAUCAUCAUGAAGGCCAUGAAGGAGGGCGCUGACCCGUACAGCAUGUUGAAGCCCAAGGAGUACGCUGGCUCCAAAGCAGACCCUCACCUGGUGCCCUCCAUCACCAACAAGAGGAUUGUGGGAUGCGUGUGCGAGGAAGACAACACGGCCGUGGUGUGGUUCUGGCUCCACGAGGGCGAGGCCCAGCGUUGUCCGUCGUGCGGCUCCCACUACAAGCUGGUGGCGCACGAGCUGCCCCACUAGAACGGACUGACGGACGCUCUCGUCUCACUUCACAUUCUGCUCCGGGUCCGGCUCUCGGCUUCCCGGCGCUCCGUCUGCAUCGGUGACCUCGUCACGCGUUCACCCCUAUUCCAAAAGUAACAUUUUCAUUCUUGGAUGUGAUGAUGUCACGCCUCAAUAAAAUCCCAACGUGGAACGUUC